AUGCAUUGGAUAUUUAAGGCAUACCGUUCUGCUCUACAUCGACAUCCUGUGAUUGUACAGGCUAUACAAACAGGCAUUCUUGUCAGCGCCGGAGAUGCAAUCUCGCAAGUCGUAGUAGAAAAAAAAAAUCUCAAAACAGCGAACUACAAACGAACAGUGCAAUACUUUUGUGUGGGUGCGAUUUACUUGGGACCUGUUUUGACGGUUUGGUACAAAGUUUUACACAAGUACGUAGGAGCGGAAGGGAAAUGGUAUGGAUUGAAAAAAGUGGCUUUAGAUCAGCUUGGCUUUGCACCAUUUGGAAUUGCGGGAUUUGUAAUCUCUUCUUGUGUAUUUCAGGGACACACAUUCCAAGAAACUAAAAAAAAAAUGAUAGAAGUAUAUCCUGACAUAUUAAAGGCUAAUUAUAAACUUUGGCCUGCUGUACAGUUAAUUAACUUUUAUCUGAUGCCUUUACAUUACCAAGUGUUGUACGCGCAAGUAGUUGCCUUGUUUUGGAAUACUUAUGUUUGCUAUAAAACUAAACCAGAUGAUGUUUAA